GAGUCAGCUAGGAGCUUAUAAAGUGUCCUCCGCUGUGAAGCAUUCACCACCUUCCACCGCACUGUCUGUCAGGCGUCCCCCUCGACCGUCCUUCUGCGGCUCUCCCAGCAGCGGGUCCAAAACAACGCCAACGCUGGAGCUGUAACAAAACCAACGGGGGCACCCGUUUGAAAGCGCCACUGCAAUUUGACCAGCCAGCACAGUGUUAUCACUUGUGACUCUCUGAAACGACUGUCCUGUUUCGGAGAAGUACCAGUUGAUAUUUCAAAACCACUGUCGCAGACGCCGCAGCUCAAAGCAGCCCCGCAAAAUCAACUUGAAAAUGGUGCAGAAUAAAAUCACCGAAGUCACUGGAUUCCAUCGCUCAUUCAAGGGCCAAAAUCCCUUUGAGUCUGAUGACUUCACCAAAAACGGAUCCCAUCUUCUUGAUUCAUCAUUUAAUUUUGACUCUCCCCCAAGGCUUGACAUGCCAUCCAGUCAGCCUAUUGACAUCCCCGAUGCUAAAAAGAGAAACAAGAAGAAGAAGCGGUGUCGGGCAACUGAUAGUUUCUCUGGACGUUUUGAGGAUGUCUAUAGACUACAAGAAGAAGUGCUGGGGGAGGGCGCCUAUGCAAGAGUGCAGACAUGCAUAAACCUCAUCACCAACAAAGAAUAUGCUGUCAAGAUAAUCGAAAAAAGACCAGGUCACAGCCGAAACCGUGUCUUCCGUGAGGUGGAGAUGCUCUACCAGUGCCAGGGUCACAGGAACAUCCUGGAGCUGGUAGAGUUCUUUGAAGAGGAAGACAAAUUCUACCUGGUGUUUGAAAAGCUUAGAGGAGGGUCUAUUUUGGAUCACAUUCACAAGAGGCAGCACUUCAGCGAACAACUGGCCAGUGUUGUGGUGCAGGACAUCGCAAGUGCACUUGAUUUCCUGCACAAUAAGGGAAUGGCACAUAGAGACCUGAAGCCAGAAAACAUUCUCUGUGAGAAUGUUGAGAUGAUUUCCCCUGUCAAGAUCUGUGAUUUCGACUUGGGCAGUGGGAUCAAACUGAACAGCGACAGCUCCCCUAUCUCCACCCCAGAGCUCCUCACGCCAUGUGGCUCCGCAGAGUACAUGGCACCAGAGGUGGUGGAGGCCUUCAGUGAAGAAGCCACCAUCUAUGACAAGCGUUGUGAUCUGUGGAGUCUGGGAGUCAUCCUGUACAUCAUGCUGAGUGGAUACCCGCCAUUUGUAGGCCGCUGUGGUGGCGACUGUGGCUGGGAAUUGGGAGAACCCUGCCACACCUGUCAGAAUACUUUAUUUGAAAGUAUCCAGGAAGGUAAAUACGAGUUUCCAGAGAAAGACUGGGCUCACAUCUCGUCAAGUGCCAAAGACCUGAUAUCCAAACUUCUGGUUCGGGAUGCCAAAAAUCGCCUUAGUGCCAGCCAGGUGCUGCAGCACCCAUGGGUGCAAGGAGGAGCCUCUGACAUUCUGCCUACAUCCAUUUUUCAUCAAAGAACCAGCAAUGCAAGGGAUCUGACAUUCUUUGCCGACAAAGCCAUGGCUGUGAACCGGCAGCUGGCUGAACAAGACGACUUUGAAGAGCAGCGGCAGCAGGAAGCCCCUGUCGUGGUCACCGCUGCGGGCUCCUCCAUGCAUCUCUCCCCACCAUCCAACUCCAACCUGGCACGGCGCAGGCAGCGGAAUAGCCAGCCCAAGGGAGGACCUGUGUCAGCAGCAGAGCUCCGGCAGCUCCUGGCCCCUCUAGUCAUCAUGGGUGACUGUGCCUGAACCCUGUCUACCACCUCUCAGUUAAGAUUCUGAUCAAAAGGUCUCCCCAAUUCCGGCGCCUCUUUUGGAUCUGUCGUGACUCUUCUGCCUCACUGUAAAGGUAGAGGCUGUUUGCAACUCUUCACGAAAAUGCCUUGUGAUCUUCUGAAGCACACCUGUCUCAACACACACAGAGUAUGCCCAGGUUUUAGGGGAGAGAGAGGCUUUAAGUUAUGUGAGUUCAGAAGCGACGUGUUUUGCUCAAACACCAAAGGACAACCUGUUGUGCUGCUCCCUCAUAAGAACUGGAUCCACUGUGAAUUAUCUGGAAUGUUCUCCUUGCCUGUGUGUGUAUGUGCACAAAUGAUUCAUCUGCAGAUACAUGCUCACUUAUGCAAUUUGCCUACAUGAAGGCUCUUCUGUACUCGAAGGUAUUGGGGUUAUUGGGUUUUGAAUGGCUGUAAGCCAAUGCUGUCGGUGCCUGGUGCAGUCCGGUACGCGGCUCGGGACGCUUCACUGAAUUCUUUGGGUCUCCUCUUGUUAUAAAACACUUAUCCAGCUUUGUUGCUGUGCACUUAAAGGUCCAAGAGCAGAAUUUCAGUUUGACAUUAAAGUCACUGAAAGUCUCUGCACUGUAACUCAAGAGAAGCCGCACAAGUGAUGCGAUUGAGAAUUCCUGCCGUGUCCCGUCGCCACCACCAGCACUUGUUUAUUUUUAUACAUUUCUUUUCUACCAAUAAUUAUUGAAUUGGACUUCAGCAUUUUUGAAUAUAUUUGGGUUCCACAGGGCGGGUUUUUGAAAAGCACAUUUGACCCCAUGGCCAACAUGACCCAAGCGUCAUUUGAAAAAUUUGGACCAUUUUUUUUCCUCUAAGAAUCCAUUUUUCCAAAAAUUAAAAAAAGUUAAAAAAAAAAAAAAAAA